GCAUCAAAGUGAAUUUAAAUCAAAAACCAAACAAUUAACACUAGUGAAUAAGAUAUACUUUUGUAAAUUACCGUUGGAAAAUAACCAGAAAGUCAGAAGGUACCAGUUUAAUUUACGGUUACCAAUGGUUACCCUGAGGACCGUUAAAAAGGAACCCAAUGUGGGUAAAGUUGUUUUAGUUAGGAACUCUCCAUUAAUUAAAACAGCAACUUCAAUCUCAUCAUCAAUUGUUAAUUCAUUGUUAAUUAAAUCUCCAAAAACGUUAACCACCAAAUCAACGACAACUUCAACUUUUACCGCAACAACAACUACAACUGCGACUACAGUUACAACUGCAAAAACGACUACAACUGGUACAACCACUACUACCGCUGUAACUACAUCGACCACAACCAUUAGUUCCUCCAAUGUUCAAAGUCAAUCAAAUUCCCCAUCAAAUAAGUUAGUGACAAAUCAAUGUGAAAAUGUUUCAUCAAAUAAAUUUCCUACCCACUUCUGUGCCAUCUUGGAUGAUUUUAUCAACAAAUUUUCGUCUGAUCCAGGACAGAAAUUGACAUGUUUAAAUCUUUCUUUUUGUUCACUCAAAACGAUUCCUCACCAAAUUUCAAAACUCUCAUGUUUAAAAAACCUCAACCUCAGCUGCAACGAAUUAAUAAAUGCCAGUUUUCCACAUCCAAAUGACACGAUCGAAUCAUUGGCCUUAUCCUUCAACCAGAUAGUUAUCAAUGAGGCAACUCUUCGAGAAAUCAACACUACAUUUUCCCGUUUAGUCAAGUUAAACCUUUCGUACAAUCUUAAUGGUGAUUCCAGAAAUUUACGCUUGCGAAUCGACUUUUCAUCGGAUAAAGGGUAA